AAUACAGUAGUACGUAAAACUCUUGCCAGACUUAAGAUGGCGCUAUAGGCUGGCAGUGAUAACAUUCGAAAAGAGAAGAAGACAAGGAAACAUGGCUACCUACAUGAGUUGCCUAUUCUCCUUGGAACGAGCUGUUUUCUCUCCACGGGGUAAUAUCUUCAGCGUGGAAACUAAACGAUACGUGCGCGGACUGAGAAGGAGGCCGGUCAGGGUGAUAUUUCCAGAAAAUGAACCAAAUAGAGGAGACGUAAAGCUGCCAAUUUCGGAGGAAAAAAAGGUGGUAAGAGUUCCAUUGAGAGCAGAGCAGAACCUUGGAGACAGAGGUGGUGUGAAGCGCAGGAAUGGCGAGAUAUCACCGCCAAAAAAGGCUCAUGUGGGUGGAAAAAGUGAUCAACUUGAUGGAAUCCGCUUUGAGAGGGCUUCACCUGGGGAUAAGAGCCUGGCGAGGUUGGUGAGCGUGGCCCGUUCCAGAACGUUUCGGGAGCACCAAGGCAAGGUCCUGCUGGAGGGUCGUCGUCUGAUAUGCGACGCUUUGAACGCGGGCGCUGUUCCUCAAACCAUCUUCUUCAGCACCCUCGAGCGCUUACGGGAACUUCCUUUGGACAAGCUAAAGAGGGCCACGCUGUUGAAAGUCAAGUUUGAAGACAUCAAAUUGUGGUCUGACAUGGUGGCUCCGCAGGGAGUCAUAGGUAUAUUUUCUCGUCCUGACGCAUCUCGACUGAGCUUUGCUGCCAGCAAACACUCUGUGCCUCUAUCACUCAUAUGCGACAAUAUCAGAGACCCUGGCAACUUGGGCACCAUACUGAGAUGCGCUGCCGCCUCCGGCUGCCACCAAGUACUGCUCACUAAAGGCUGCGUUGACAUGUGGGAGCCCAAAGUUCUGCGAGCAGCGAUGGGCGCCCACUUCCACCUUCCCAUUCAUUCUAGUUUGAAGUGGGAGGAGGUGGAGCAUCAUCUCCCCGAGCACGUCUGUGUUCAUGUGGCUGACAGCCAACAAAACCAGGAAGUGAACUCCUCUCACAAACCCAGCGAUUUUGGCUGGAUCAGCACGACACAUACUCACCGUGACGUCCACUUCGAGGAAUCUGACUCCGAUGAAGAAGAGCUCUCCCUGCCCAGAGUGGACGCUGCGCCGUACCAUGAUGACUGGGCGAGGAGACCAGUUGCCUUGGUGGUCGGCGGAGAGACACACGGGCUUAGCGUAGAGGCGCUGGAACUGGCAGAAAAGAGAGUGGGACGCAGGCUGUUCAUUCCCAUGGUUCCCCACAUGGACAGCUUGAACUCAGCCAUGGCGGCCAGCAUCCUGUUGUUUGAGGGCAGGAAGCAACUGUUGACAGCUAUGCAAAACUCUGGAAGGAAGUGGACGACCAAUGCAGGACGACACGUUUCAUAAUGUUAAGGCAUUGUGCUGUGUACUCAACUUCCAAAUUAAAUGUCUCUUAUCUCAAA